AUAUUAAUGUUAUGAAAUGGAUGAAGAAUAUGUUAAUGGAAGCCAUCUGGCAAAUUCACAGUUAAUUCAAGAUUUGAAACGCAAAGUACUAAAAUGUUUGGAGAUGGAUCGAGCAUUGAAUGCUUCUCAAUCAAAUACGUUCUGCCCUACCACUUUCGACGGAUAUUUAUGCUGGUUAAGAAGCGCACCAGGAACGCGAAGUUUUCAAAAUUGUCCAGACACCGUUUUAGGUUUCGAUCCACUGAGAAGGGCUCAUAAAGAUUGCUUAGAAAAUGGAACAUGGUUUACUCAUCCGGACACGGGAUUGGAAUGGUCAAAUUAUUCAAAUUGCGUCGAUAUGGAAGACUUAAGGGAUGCAACCCUUGAAGUUUUAAAAAAGCGAGCGGAGAGGUUUGGAAGCUCUGUUUCGAAGAAACUUUCGGAGGCCGAGGCUAAAGAAAAGCUUGAGAAAAGGAAAGAACGAUUCGGUUCAAUUCAGAAUACUAAUGUAACAACAUCAUCAACUGAUGUUAAAAUAAAGCCUACAAUGACAAAUGCUGAAAAAGCCCAGCUACGGUUGAAGAGAUUUAAUAUGGGAGUCAAGUAA